AUGCUUGAAGACAGCUUAUGGGGAGGGUUGAUGAUACAAGAUACUAAAUCAAGCUUAGCGCAGACACAAGAAUCGCGACCGCCGAUAAAACCUCCUGCUUCAGUCCAAGUCAAGAAUCGCCGGAAGCGAUAUCUCGAUGCGCACCCAGAAUACUUUUCUGCAGCUCUCGAGCUAGCUGAUCCUCUCCUCUACGACCGCCUGAUUAGACGCUUCCAAACUGCUACGGAGAGGGAGGAGGAAGGCCGUGCCAAAGGAUAUUCUGGCGUGCUUGAAGCCGACCUGAUGAGGUCGGAAGCUAAAAUGGAAGCGCUGGCGAAUCCCGACCCUAGUGCGACAGUAACAUACAGUCGCGGGCCCAACGGCGAGAUUCUCGCCGAGGACCAGGAUGAGAUACCGGAAACGAAGAAGGAGGGCGCUGAACGAUGGCGCUGGGAAAUGGAGAUGCGAUUUCUGAGGGGUGCGGAUCACGAGUUUGACUACAAUGUUGUGGAUCAGAAUGAGGAAUAUGAUGACUGGAAUGAAGAGCAAGAACGAUAUUUCGACGAGGAGGAACCGCACUUCUUACUAGACGGAGAUGAUGAAAGUCAUCGAAAGGAAGAAUUAAAGGGUGAAACUGGCAUUCAAGACUUCUAA